UUACUAACGAGGUAUAUAAACGCACUCAAACUUACCUCGCCUUUAUCAUCGUCUUUAUUGAUGACCACACCACUGGCGCUUUUGUUGAACAAAUGAUCCCACCAUGCAAAUUCCCAUUGAUCCUGCCCAACUCCAACACCUUUCUUGUCAUUCUUUUUCGUUACGGAAAUGUGUUUAACAUUGCCGUCCUUGUUCUUUCCCAGACCGUCACCCCUAAAGAAAAAUAAUGAAAGCGAUCAGUGUUUGGACAUCAGGUUUGGAAUUGUCUGACAUUGAGUACAUACUUGUUCCAACCGAACUUUUCUAGUUGAUUCUGAGCAAAUGAGCCGUUCCAAGCGUCCAUAGAUACGAGAUAGGUUGAGAAAAGGCAGACACUUUCAAACUAGGAAGGAAAAAAAAAAAAAAAGGACACAUUUUCAAAAAAGUGUGACUGCUGUAAGGUCCAUAGCAAAAGGAGCGUCAAGUUUCGACGCUCGCCAACAGCUCUCACAUUGUACAAUGUUGCGUGUUUCAUUGGGAGCAAUGAGCAGAAUCUCUUCUGCGGGAAGAGCAGCAGCCAAAAUACAGAGUACCACAAUUCGCGCAGUAUCGACGACAGAGACGAUAUCGGCUAAGCGGUAUUCACCUACAAGAAGAGACCAAUCGACAAUGAAGGCUACGACAAAGGUAAAAGACAUUGUCGGGUCUCAGGAAGUAGUUUCGGAAAAUAAUGCGCCAACCGAUGGUAAAGCAUACUUCCCGGCCACUCAAGAAUUCGACGCUCCAGCUGUGGAAGAUGGCAUCGAAUUAAACGAGCAAAGCAAUACGCAUGACUGGUCAAGGUCCUUCCAUGGGCUAUCCACACAACCUUUUUCUUCAGAAAUUGCUGAAGUUCUGAUGCAACCUAUCACGGCCGAUGAUAUCGAGAUUAAGCCAGAUGGUCUACUAUAUCUUCCUGAAAUCAAAUAUCGACGCAUUUUGAAUAAGGCCUUUGGACCUGGAGGAUGGGGUCUUGCACCCAGGGGAGAGCAUUCGAUAUCUCCCAAAAAUGUUUCACGUGAAUACGCUUUGAUAUGUCAUGGAAGAUUUGUUUCGCAAGCUAGAGGAGAGCAGGACUUUUUCGACAAUUCUGGUUUGCCUACCGCUUCAGAGGGUUGCAAAAGCAAUGCUCUGAUGAGAUGCUGUAAAGAUUUGGGCAUUGCCUCUGAACUUUGGGACCCUGGAUUCAUUCGAAAGUUCAAGAAGAAGCAUUGUGUUGAGGUCUGGGCUGAGCACCUUGCUACAAAGAAAAAGAAGAAGCUUUGGAGACGAAAGGACGGAGAUAUUGGUAUGUUAAGGCUUUUCAUUCUGAAUACUUAGUUAUGUGAUGAGUCUAUUGAACUGACAUUCCCAAUUUAAUUUUGCAGAAUAUCCUUAUAAAGAAACAUGAAAAGACACAAUUGUGAAAUACACUUGAAAUUUGAAUACAGUGCGAUUGAAUUACAAAAUAUAUAGUAUAUGUUGUGCAACUUGAUAUGAAGGACGUUCCAGAAGUUGUUGCGCUACGGCAAGAUUGCUACAGAACCAAUGAGAUUUGAUUGCUUGCAUUUUUUUUAACGUUGGUGCUUAUACACAAGUAGGCAGU